AUGCCGAUGCUGAUGAUGAUGAUGAUGAUGAGUGUGGAUAAUGGGUGCCGCGUGUCCCGCCCCAGGAAGACGCUGCAGGUGAAGAUCGUGGACGAUGAGGAGUACGAGAAGAAGGAGAAUUUCUUCAUCGAGCUGGGGACGCCGCGAUGGCUCAAGCGUGGCAUCUCGGCUCUCCUCCUCGCCCAAGGAGGGGACGGGGAGCGGCAGCUGUCGGCCGAGGAAGAGGAGGCACGGCGCAUCGCCGACAUGGGCAAACCCGUGCUGGGCGACAACCGGCGCCUGGAGGUGGUCAUCGAGGAGUCCUACGACUUCAAGAACACGGUGGACAAGCUGAUGAAGAAAACCAACCUGGCCACCGUCAUCGGCACCCACUCCUGGCGGGAGCAGUUCCUGGAGGCCAUCACCGUCAGCGCAGGUGACGAGGACGAUGACGACGAAGGCCGCGAGGAGCGGCUGCCCUCGUGCUUCGAUUACGUCAUGCACUUCCUGACGGUCUUCUGGAAGGUUCUGUUCGCCUGCGUCCCCCCCACGGCGCUGCUGGGGGGCUGGGCGGCCUUCGGCGUCUCCAUCCUCCUCCUCGCGCUCCUCACCGCGCUCAUCGGCGACCUGGCGGCGCAUUUCGGCUGCACCCUGGGCCUCAAGGACUCGGUCAACGCCGUCGUCUUCGUGGCCCUGGGCACCUCCAUCCCCGACACCUUCGCCAGCCGCGUGGCCGCCCUGCAGGACCCGUGCGCCGACGCCUCCAUCGGGAACGUCACCGGCUCCAACGCCGUCAACGUUUUCCUGGGGCUGGGGCUGGCCUGGUCGGUGGCCGCCGUCUACUGGGCGGCUCAGGGACGCCCGUUCCGGGUGCCACCGGGCACGCUGGCCUUCCCCGUCACGCUCUUCACCAUCUUCGCCUUCCUGGCCAUCGCCGUGCUGCUCUGGCGGCGCCGGGCGCCCAUCGGCGGCGAGCUGGGGGGACCCCGCGCCCCCAAAGUGCUGACGGCCGGGCUCUUCCUCCUCCUCUGGCUGCUCUACGUGCUCUUCGCCAGCCUGGAGGCGUAUUGUCACAUCCAGGGGUUUUGA